AUAUGCAGACAUAUUUGGAUCUCGCUUUUAAAUAUACUUGAUUAUUUUUGUUGAUGUGGAAUGCUCUGCUAGUGCUCUUAUUGUGAAAAUCUACUGCUGUACUAUAACUGACAUGUUCUUGCUUUUACUUUCCUUCAUCUUCCUUAUUGAGGUGUGCACUCGUCUAUCAGGUGUUAGGUGGCAUUAGGUAGCAGGUUGUUUAGUGAAGUAGUGAUAUAAUCAACGUGUGUGUUAAUAUUGCCAAACGUUAAUAUUUGAAGACUAUAAUGGAGUACAUACUCAUCCUGGUCUAUUUAAUGUUUACUGGCAGUUCAGUUUCUGAACAGGUUGUGAUAUAUGUACUGAAGGGCCAGGAGAUAAACUUGGAGCCAUCAUAUCAUGGAGAACCCAAUGAAAUAUACUGGACACAAAAUGGCAAGAACGUGGUAUAUUUUGAUGGCAUGCUGGAGAUAGUGUUCCAACCAUAUGAGAACAGAGUAACUCUCGACUGGGACUCCACAAUGCUGACCAUCCAAAACGCCACGUAUGAACACAGCGGAAACUAUUACCUGGAAAUCAAAGUAAACAAGGAACGGCGUUACUUCCAAUAUAAAAUUGAGGUUAUAGACAAAGUAUCCACACCCAACAUAAGGUGUGAGAUGAUGGACACAUACCAGGCGACGCUCAUGUGCUCAACAGAGUCCAAACAUUCUCAUUUAUUAGAGUUUAAGUGGAGAUCAGGUGGAAACAAGCAAACUGCACCAAAUUUAACGAUAUCUCUGUCUGACAAUCUUGAUCAAAUUCAUGUUUGUGAAUUCAGCAACCCUCUGACCAAUGCAAGAGCCACAUUCACUGCUAAGGACUGCUUAUCUGGCAACAUAUCAAUGGCCAGAAUGGUUGGCAUCAUGGCUUCCAUCUUUGCAGGUGUCCUUAUCGUGCUCAUCAUUUUCAAAUUUGAUUAUAGCAAAAAACUUCAAGGAUUCAUACAUCAUCUGUACUUACAAAUGAGAGAAACAAUAAUGGAAAAGAACAAUACCAAGAAUCCUCACAAGUUAUGGUUUUUGGAGUCCUACGAUGAAUUGAAGCCGUAUGGUAUUACAAUUACUACCUGCACUGAUAUAUUUAGUAAUAUCAUAUUGUGGAUGAAAGCAGACAAUACCAACAGUCAUCCUACAGUAUUUCUGAACCACUUCCUGGACACAGUGACUCGUAUUGGAGGUUGUCCACAGCGACUGAUGGCCGAACCAAGUAGAGAAAACCAACACAUAACAACAACACAAACUUUCCUGCGUAGGAAUCAUACAGACUGGUAUGCUGGGCAUCGAAGUGUUAUUGAUGGAUGCAUCAUUUCCCCUCAGUUAUUGUUCCGAAUCAUGAGUACAAAUUGGAAGUACUAUUUUCAAACUCUCAAAGACUCAGGACAUUUUUCAGGAAGUUAUCUGGACAAGAGCCUCAUACAGUUCUGCUUCCUCAACAUAAUCCAGGAUGGGUUGGAUGAGUUUGUAAGAAUAAACAACUAGAUUGCUGAAGUAAUCAUUUUCUUGGCACUAGCCAGUGGAUCUGCAGAGUACAAACUCCAAACCGUUCGACCAGAAGAUAUUGAUGUCUGCAAGAAGAAGUGUACCCCAGGAGGGCGGUACCCCUGUGAUGAAACACUUUAUGAGCGAUACAGGCUUAUAAUGACUGAAAAUGGUUGGAACGUUCCCGUGAAUAAAACAACAGCUAAAAAACUGUAUUGCAAAUUAAGAGAUAAGAUGCAGGAAAACAAUUAAUUUAAGAUUGAAACAUAUAGAUGAAGAACAAUAGGUGGUAAGUUUGUUAAAAUGAAUAAAAUUGGUGAUAAAAAAAUCCAUUAAUUAUUUUUGUAAUACAAUCAUUCCUUACCUUUUUAGACAGUGGUACUUCAGCAAAGAAACACGUACCGUAUUUUUCAGACUAAGUCGCAGUUUUUUUCAUAGUUUGGCAAGGGGUGCGACUUAUGUGUGAAAUUAUUAACACAUUACCGUGAAAUAUCAAAUAAUAUUAUUUAUCUCAUUCGCGGAAGAGACAAAGAAAAUGUCAGCAAUCGUCACAUACACGUCAAACAAUAAGAAUUCGGCGGGGGAGGGUCAUGGCAGGAGUGCAUUGUCGGUCAUGGAAUGCUAACUGCUAUAUGCUAUAUGCUACUGCCGUAGCUAUUAAAAUGGAUAAUUUCAUCGUUGGCGGUAACUUAGAAGCGACAUCGAGGAAGAAGAUUUAAUCGGAUUUAUCAAUUAGGAGUGACAGAUUGUUUGGUAAACGUAUAACAUGUUCUAUAUGUUAUAUUUAUUUUAAUGACUCUUACCAUAAUAUGUUACGUUAACAUACCAGGGACGUUCUCCGUUGGUUAUUUAUGCGUCAUAUAACGUACACUUAUUCAGCCUGUUGUUCACGAUUCUUUAUUUAUUUUAAAUUGCCUCUCAAACGUCUAUUCUUGGUGUUGGAUUUUAUCAAAUAUAUAUAUAUAUGUAUAUAUGUUUUUUUCCUUCUUUAUUUUUGGCCUGUGCGACGUAUACUGCUGAGCGACUUAUAAUCUGAAAAAUACGGUAUAUAUAUUAAAUGCCAGAGAAUCAAACUUUGUAUUUGAAUGAUUACUGUAUUGAAUAAAAGACAACUAUACAAGACAACAUCA